AUGUCCUCCGAAAUCCUCGACGAAGUCAACGAGCGCCUUAUCGAAUGGCUCAAGCAAGAGGCAACUACCUUCGACGAUGAAUCAUCCGAAGAUGAAUUCUCCGAAAAUGAAACGCCCUCUGACGAAGAAGAACCUGAAAAGAAGUCUUCUAGACCUUUUGGAAGUUUGGCUCUCCACUUCAAGAAAUGGUUCACGGGCCAUCACCAUCAAAAGAAAUCUUUGAGUAAGUGA